UUCGGCGGCUCGGCUCUGCUUUGACCCGGCGGGGAGGCUCUGCUGCCCCGGUCCUCCUCCUCCUCCUCCUCCUCCUCCACCACCAUCACCAGCGGCAGCACCGUCCAAGAGCAGGACUGCCGCGAUGGGGCACACCCCGGUCCCAAUGGAGUCAGCCGCCCACGCCGCCCCUGCACUGCACACCGUGGCAUGAUUGGGUCCCUGCCCCCUUUUCCCCUGCACUCGACUCUGCUCCCACUCUCCCACCCUCACUCACUCCACCCCGGCUACUCCCUUCUCUUCCACCCUCUCCUCCCUCCCUCUCUCCCUCCCACCCCGCGAGCCAGGAGGAGAGGGCCGAGGGGAGGAGAAGAGAGGGCGUCGUUGAUCCCAGUCUGGCGAUCGACCUGCGCUUCGACUUUUCCAGUUUUCCUGGUGGGUGGAUCGCCCCUGAUCCUUUUCGCGCAGUCGCAGGCGGGCCACGCACGGCGGCGUGCCGCAUUAAAGGCGCGCCCGUCUCUUGUCUUGACCGGAGUUAAGAGGCGUGGGGGAGGCGGGCAGUGAGGAGGGCCUCCGGAUUCCGGACGAGGAGCAAAGAUCACGCCGGGGAAGAUGAGGAGAUCUGCAUCUUUAUUUCAAGUCCUUCUGGUUUUCACAACUGUGGUUGAGACUCAAUGGUCCACUGUAUCUGGCAUUUACUGCAAAGAAAUGUCGCCAAAUGUAUAUCGACCUCACAGUGUCACAAUAACUGAAUUUGGCGCCGUUGGGGAUGGUGUGACUCUCAAUACAAAAGCAUUCCAGAAUGCAAUCUUCUAUCUCAAUUCGUUUGCGGACAAGGGUGGCGCACAGCUCUUUGUGCCUGCAGGAAAGUGGCUAACAGGGAGUUUUGGUCUUAUCAGCCACCUCACUUUGUCACUGGAUAAGGAUGCAGUAAUAAUUGGAUCACUGGAUUCAUCUGAUUGGCCAGUUGUUGAUCCUCUUCCAUCCUAUGGGCGAGGUAGAGAGCUUCCUGGAAAAAGGCACCAGAGUCUGAUUUUUGGAUCACAUCUGACAGAUGUAAUCAUAACUGGUGCUAAUGGUACCAUUGAUGGUCAAGGAGCUACUUGGUGGGGCUGGUUCCACAACCACACACUGAAUUAUACUAGGCCACAUCUUGUUGAGUUGAUGUACUCUACCAAUGUUGUCAUAUCUAAUCUAACCUUCAAGAACUCGCCGUUUUGGAAUAUCCACCCUGUAUAUUGCAGCCAAGUGCUUGUCCAGCAUGUCACAAUCCUAGCGCCUUUGAAUUCACCGAACACUGACGGCAUUGAUCCAGACUCGUCCACGAAUGUCUGCAUCAAUCAUUGUUAUGUCAGAAAUGGUGAUGAUGUUAUUGUCAUUAAAAGCGGGUGGGAUGAGUAUGGCAUUUCACUUGCUCAACCAAGCUCCAAUAUCAGCAUAAGCAACAUCACUGGAGAGACAAGGGGUGGUGCAGGGAUUGCCUUUGGAAGUGAGAUGUCAGGUGGCAUAUCAGAAGUUCGGGCAGAGGGCCUCCGCAUCGUCAACUCCUUGCACGGGAUCAGAAUCAAGACAGCCCCAGGGCGUGGAGGCUACGUGAAGAAUGUGUACAUAGCAGAUGUGAGCAUGGAGAACGUUUCAAUGGCCAUCAGGAUCACUGGAAAUUAUGGUGAACAUCCUGAUGACAAAUAUGACAGGAAUGCUCUCCCCAUGAUAAGCAAUAUUACAAUUAAGGAUGUUGUUGGUAUCAACAUUGGUGUUGCUGGCAUAUUGGAGGGAAUUCAGGGGGAUAACUUCAGCAGCAUUUGCCUGUCCAAUGUUUCCCUCAGUGUGCAAUCUCUACAUCCAUGGAAUUGUUCGCUUAUUGAAGGGUAUUCAAACUCCGUGAUCCCAGAAUCAUGCGAACAGCUUAGAAGCAACUGUAGGCAGACGCCAGUUUGCUAUGAUGGCAGCACUUCUUCAGCAAUGCGUGUGCAGGCACCAAGACAUAAGUCGAGCACCAGCCAAUUUCUAAGUCCUUUUCUGAAGUUGGCUUCAUUUUAGUGUAGGUAGAGAUGUGCUUGCUAUCGUUGCGAAGGGAUUUCCUUCCUGUGAUGAGUCCUGUUAGUCAUGUAUAUCUGAUUCUUGCGAUUAUUUGUGCUUAGAGUGCUGCUUGGUCCUUGUAUAUAUCUGUCGAGAUGAGAUGACUGUUGGUGCAGCUUGCCUGUUUUGUUACCAUUUUUGAUAUGUGAAUGUGAUCGGUACGUUUCAGAGCCUUAUUUUUUAAUAUUAAGUUAGAAAAGAUGCAAUAAAUUUA